AUGCUUACAUCACGCCAGCGUGACCUCGGUCUCCACUUCCCCGACAUAGGCACCUCACUCGGCGUCCCACGAAAACGCUAUGCCACCAACGGCGCCAAAGCUGGUGAUCCCCACGAUUUCUACCCCAGCGUCUACCCCGGUCUUGGCCUAGCCAAGGCUUGGGCUGCCACUGCCGCGGGGACAUUCAGCCUGUAG